GUUGGCCAAUCAUAUUACUCAGAACGUCAGGCUGGGCCAGGGCUGGGCCUGUGUGAGAUGCUGGCCUCGGAGGACCUGGCAAAUUACAGAAGUGGCAGGAGAUCGCAGCAUAAACUGAAGUCAGGGCGGAUCUUUCUUUAGUUUUGUGACCUGUGGUGCUGCCAUGCCUGUGACCUCCCAGCUAUUUAAGGCCUACCGCUGUAGGGAGAUCCAAAAAUUCUGCAGCUUUGCCAUUCAGUGCCGGAACGGACACCAGUGCACUCAGCCACCCCAGCCUCUUUUCAUCUGUCGGCACAAAGAUGCCCGCUCCGCGAACUCACACUCAAAAUGGCGUCAGGCCCGAAGCUACAGGACCUCCUCAGAGCGAUGCUACAACUUAACCCCGCCCCAGGUCAACAGCAUCCUGAAAGCCAACGAGUACAGCUUCAAGGUCCCCGAGUUUGACGGCAAGAACGUCAGCUCGGUGACUGGCUUCGAUAGCAACCAGCUCCCCGCCAACGCGCCCAUCGAAGACCGGCGCAGCGUCGCCACCUGCCUGCAGACGCGGGGAAUGCUGCUGGGCGUGUUCGACGGGCACGCGGGCUGUGCCUGCGCCCAGGCGCUGAGUGAGAGGCUCUUCUACUACAUCGCCGUCUCCCUGCUGCCCCACGACACACUGCAGGAGGUGGAGAACGCGGUGGAGAGCGGCCGUGCCGUCUUGCCCAUCCUGCAGUGGCACAAGCACCCCAACGACUACUUCAGCAAGGAGGCCUCCCGACUCUACUUCAACAGCCUGCGCACCUACUGGCAGGAGCUCCUGGACCUGAGUGCCCCCGGGGAGACGCCGGACAUCAAGGAGGCGCUCACCCACGCCUUCAAGAGGCUGGACAACGACAUCUCCCUGGAGGCCCAGGUUGGCGACGCCAACGCUUUCCUCAACUACUGGGUGCUGCGGGUGGCGUUCUCGGGGGCGACGGCCUGCGUGGCGCACGUGGACGGGAACGACCUGCACAUCGCCAACACGGGGGACGGCCGGGCCGUCCUGGGGGUGCAGGAGGAGGACGGCUCCUUCACGGCCCUCACCCUUUCCAACGACCACAACGCCCAGAACGAGGACGAGAUCGCGCGCAUCCGGUCGGAGCACCCCAAGAGCGAGGCCAAGACCGUGGUGAAGCAGGACCGGCUGCUCGCCCUGCUGAUGCCCUUCCGGGCGUUUGGCGACGUCAAGUUCAAGUGGAGCAUCGAGCUGCAGAAGCGGGUGUUGGAGUCCGGGCCCGACCAGCUCCACGAGAACGAGCACACCAAGUUCAUCCCGCCCAAUUACCACACGCCCCCGUAUCUCACCGCCGAGCCGGAGGUCAUACACCACAGGUUGCGGCCGCAGGACCGCUUCCUUGUGAUGGGCACGGACGGGCUGUGGGAGACCCUGCACCGGCAGGAGGUAGUGCGCAUUGUGGGUGAGUACCUCACGGGGGUGCACCACCACCAGCCAAUCACGGUGGGCGGCUACAAAGUGACCCUGGGCCAGAUGCAGGGCCUGCUGAUGGAGCGGCGGGCCAGGGUGUCGUCCACCUUCGAAGACCAGAACGCCGCCACACACCUGAUCCGGCAUGCGGUGGGCAACAACGAGUUUGGCACAGUGGACCACGAGCGCCUCUCCAAGAUGCUGAGCCUACCCGAGGAGCUGGCCCGCAUGUACAGGGACGACAUCACCAUCAUCAUCGUUCAGUUCAACUCCCACGUGAUUGGGGCACAGCAACCGUCAGACGGGGAAGUGGCCUAAGGCUCUGAAUGUCUGUGGUGUCAGUAACUGAAAUGGAAGGGUAAAAUUGCACCCUUUUUUUUUUUGCACAAAAGUUAACUUUUGCCCUUUUUUUGUGGACUAAUUCGGUCAAAAGAAACAAGGUCAUGGUUAUAGAACCAAGAAAUAAUUUGCAUCCUGUUGAGGAAGACAUACCAAAAUAAUCUACUACAGUAUAUUGUGCACAGUGACUUGUAGACUGAGUGCAAGGGCAGUGAAAAGAGUGUGGCUACACUUCCAAACUCCUACAGUAGGGGUGCUGCAGUUGUGCAUUUUGCAUUGGAACAUUGACAAUACCUCAGCACGUUUUAGCUCAGAUGUCAUCUAAUGUAAUAUGAAACUGAGCGAUUAGGCCUGCACUACAGGAAUUCUUCAAUGUGUCCCUGUAUUAUUAGAAAAAGCUAUUUAUUUUCAAAUAUUCACACUCCAAAGGUUUGUGUUCUGCAGUAUAUAAAAGGUGCUAAGCAAACAUGAAUAAAAAAAAAAAAUGUUUGCCAAUUCUAUAAUUGAAUCUGCACUGCGUAUACAAUUUGGGACAUUGUUUGAAAAAGAUAAACAUGUGCAUUGGGCAGUUUUCACUUGUAUUUCAUGGCAUGCCAAAAGUUUUGCAAAUCACAUAAAGCCAAAAGCCCUUUCAUACAACAAUGUCCUAGAAACAGUCCACAGCCUUAGACGAUCAUGACACAAGGUUUACGCUCCUCCUUUGCAGAGCUUACAGUUAGAGUUUAGAGUAUAGAUUGAGUCAUAGUGCAAGAUGAUUAUGAGUUGUCGUCUUGCAAGGACAGAAUGAAUGGAAUGCAAACAAUUAGCACAAGAUGAUGGUUUGUUCCCUAUAUACCAGUGCAGUAUCGGAGAAAUGAAAGCAAUGUCACUGCAAAACUGCAUGCGCACUCUGAUCCUUUUAAUUGUCAUUGCCUAAAGAAAAUAAAAGAUUAACAGAAUUUCUCUAAGUUAGGCACACAUGGCUGCCUUUAAAAAAUGCCCAAAAUAUCCAAUAUUUGUUUGUGGUUUUAAUUAUUUAUUUGAAGGGUCAAACAGCUCAUUCGCCAAGGAGGGCUGUUCGACCCUUAUUGUCACCAUGUUUGUAACUUCGUGAAAGCAUCUCCUUGCAGACUGCACUAGAAAAUCCUGACAAUUAUGGUGUUUACAGCAGUGCUCAAGACUGCCUUUAGGAAAUGCUGUUGCCUUUUUUGAUGGGUGGUUGCAAUAGUUUUCUAUGUCCUCCGAUCCUGGAGUAUCAGAAUAUAACAGGGUUGGUUUUCAGUGGCCUGUGGAAGAGUGGUGUCUGAUCCCUGCUUUCCACCACCACCAACAAAUUGUGGUUUGGCCAUUUUGAUAAUUGUCCCUAGAUCUACAGUGGCGUUUAAAUUAAAAUGUUUUUUCAGAGUUUUUUUUCUUCUUUAAAAAACAAACAAACAAAGUGAUUGUACAUUAUAUACACCAUUUUAUGUCAACCUGACAUUUAGCACUUGAUGACCUUUGUCUGUUACACUGACCUUACAACCUUUGUAUGUUUGUUUACCAAAUAACCUGGUUUGGUUUUCCACUAACCUAUGACAGAGGCUUAUUUUUUGUUCUGUUCAUGCCAUUUUCUAUAUUAAAGAACACAUUUAUUUGGUCAAGUUGGGAAUUUACUAUGUUAAUUUUUUUUUUACCGAAGCUUGCUCAAGUUAUUUUAUCAAGUGCCUCAUCCUACUAGAAGACACUUUUAGUGCAUAGAUGGGGCCCAGGGUGUGGUACUGUAUCCAAACCAGGCUAUGUCAUGUCAGCUGGCCAGCAGUCCUGCAGAUAAAUUGGCUUGAGCAUCACCCAGGGAUGGGAGGCUUUCGGUAGGUCUGGAUGGCAGGGUCUCAUUGGGCAUCUGCGAACCAGUGGGAGGCCAUUCGGUACAUUUGAUGAAGUGUAACUGGAUCACAAUGGUACAUUCUUCACACCAGGCCAAAAUUUCUAGUGCUUGAAUGUCAUUUGAAAUGUGAAAUCUAUCACCAUCGUCAAAUGAGGGGUGGAAAUCAUGUCAAAUCUUGGAUGGAAUUGGGUGUGAAAAUUUGGUAAUUGUAUAAUUAUUUUGGAAUAUAUACUUUAAGACAUGUUUGUACAGUUAUGAAGAAUUGGACACAUAUAUUUCCACAGUGAACAUAUAACGUAUACAUGUAUAACUGUAUAGGGUGAUGUGAAAUCCAGAUGAGUUUUUUGUCAAAAACUUGUCAGGCCCCAUUAAUUGCACCCAUUUGUUAAUGAAACUAAUAUACAACAGCUGUCCACUGACACUGGAUUGAAGAACAGUGUCGUAAAUGAAUCAAGAGUUGCCUUGCUGUCAAAAUGCUCUGAUUGUAGUUUGUAGUAAUGUAGUGAGAUAAUCACAGUAAAUUAUUGCUAAUUGUAUAUUCUGUUGGCAGUAUUUUUCCAGACAAGAAGCUCUGGAAAUGUAAUUGUAUAUAACUUAUUUUGGAGGGUAUUUCAGAUGUUAAGGGAGGGAUACAGUAUUGUCCAUUGAGGUUUGAACUCCUUAGUUGUAAGUGGCUGUGGGGUAAGAAACAUAACAUUAAUAUCAUACAAUUUCAGCGCUGGAUUUCUUGGUUACUUGCAAUUUGUUUCAACUAAUAUUUCAAACAUAAACAUUUGCAUUGGCAAAAAAAAAAGAAAAAAGAUUGUUCUGCAAAUGACUGCAGUUCUGACGUGGAUGCUUCAAUUAGUUUGUUGAUAAUAUGUGAAAGGGUGGACGUAGGCUAUGUGACAGUGAAGGCUUUUAUGUUAAAUGCUUGCAAAAUACUUGAAGGUCAUUUAUCAACCUUUCUAAGUUUUUGUUACAUAUAUUUAGGCUUAACAACAUGCAUAUACAUGUAAUGAUUGGUAUAUAUGUUUAAAUACUGUAUACAUAUACAGUGGCUUCAGAAAGUAUUCAGACCCUGUCACGUUUUGAACACUUUGUGUUGUAGAUUUAAAUUAGAAUGGAUAAAAUUGCCAUUUUUGGCAAUCAGUCUAUACACAAUAACCCAUAAUGAGAAAUUGUAAACAUCUUUUUAGAAAUGUUUUAAAAUUGAUUAAAAACCAAAAACUGAAAUCUCAUUUAAAAUGAAAUCUACAGUACAACACAAUAAAUUGCGCAAAAAGUGAAGGGGUCUGAAUACUUUCUGAAGCCACUGUAUGUUUUCAAUCUGUGACAUUUUAUAUUGUUUAAAUAAAACCUAAAUAACACAA